AUGAUAAAAAAAGUAGCGGAAAGCCUGUGCGGUGAUUGCUGCACGCUGAUCAACGCCAGGGGGAAUAAAAGGUGGACACAACACCUGGUCCGAAACAAAAGCAUGCUCCGUUUGACAAAAAUAAACUACUCCUUCGUUCAGAAGAAUAAAAAUGUGAACAAAAAUAUUUACAAUAUGAACUGCAUCGAAUUGUACAGAUACAGCUGCUUACUGUCGAGGGAGAAUAUUACCAAUGUGACCAUUUACAAACAGAUUAACAAGAGAGUAGAAAUGAUUUAUAAAUUUUUAACCCCACCCAAGAUUGUCCUGUUAAUCAAGUUGUAUAUACAAAACGCCCACCUAAAUAACUACCAAAGCACCUUUCACUGCCUUAUCGAAGUAGCAAUAACAAAACUGAGCGAAUUUCAUCUGGAGGAAAUUGUAAAACUGUACAACAUAAUUAGCAAGGUGGAAAAUAACCAAAACGUGGUCUAUUUAUUUAAAUAUGUCAAUAACCAUUUAAUUAAUAAUUACACAUUCAUCGAUGUGAAGUCCUUUUCUAUCAUCCUAAAUGCGCAUGCAAAAUUGAAAAUUAAAGAUAUGAAAUUGAUUAAUAAAUUCCUGCCCAUCAUACUUCAAAACGGCUUGCAGAUCGAUAUUGUGAAUUAUUCCCUCCUUUUUAACGCCUUCUACAAACUAAAAUUGGUGGGAAAUGACCACGUCAACGCUGUAGUGCGGCAGUUCUUGGGCGAAGUUGAUGUGUGGAGGUUAAGGGAGCAUUGUCCCGCUCAGCAGAAAAACCACCACGAUGGAGAAAAUCCCCUCACAGAUGACACAAAUGGAGGUGACAAAACUGGUGGUCCAAAAAACCAACUGGCCGACUACGCCCCCCACCACAUAUGCAACAUUCUGCUGUACUUCACCAUUCAGAACAUCAACCAAAUUGUGAGUUCAAAUGGGAAGAAGGAAGAGAAGGGUGAAUCAAACCUCAGCGAUAAUGUGUACAUAUCCUUCCUUCUAAACCUAAUAAUUAAAAAAAAAAACCUUCUAAAAUGUGAAGAAAUUUUAAUGCUCUGUCAGAUCUUCAAAAUGAUGAAAAUUAAAAAUGACAUUCUGGUUAGCCACAUAGAAAAGGAGCUACUGACUCAUUUUGGCCAUGCUAGAGAGCAGAGAGUUACCCACAACUCUGCGAACAAGGCGAACCAGGCGAACAAGACGAACAAGGCGAACCCAUCACCUACCGCUAUCCACUUCACCGAUGGCACCCUUGUAAAGAUCCUAUUUGACAUGUGCACCUUUUAUAGCGAUGCAGAUGUGUACCUUCGGAGCGUCCAACACUUUCUGCACAGCAAAAUCGAUUUCAGCACCUCCCUACUGCUGCUUUAUGUAUAUUCAGAAAUUAAUCUUCUGAAUGAUAAAAUGAUCACCUUACUAAUUCGUAUCAUUAACAGACAUUAUGUUCAAAACUUUCAAGUGGAAAAUGUGUUCCUCCUCGUAAGGUCCUUCUACAAAAUUUGCCUGAACAGUCAGCACUAUUUCGCGCGCAAAAGGGUGGAUGAUAAAGGGGUGAACGGCGUACAUUAUGCUUCGAAGAUGGAUGUCCAUGCGAAGGAGGCUAACGUGACGACAGGGACUACACCGCUUCUCCCCUCUGAACAGGUAGGAAGCGCCCCAAAUGGAGCAGCCAAUAAUGAUGGGGAAAAUCCCCUUGUGUGUACUAAACUAUCGCUUCUAACUCACAAAAAUGGAAGCACACCUGAGGCAAACGUGCCGGAACAGGGAAGCACCUCAUCUGUACCUCCCCCUCACGUGGAAAGACUAUUUCACAAAAUUGAAAUCCUCGCCGAUAACAUUUUCGUCAAACUUGAAAAAGACUUGCUAAACGGAAACAUACCAACGAAUGAGCGUAACCUUCCUCUGCUGUGCAAGAUGUUGUACUACGCCUCCGUCCUGAGGAGGUUCCCCUUCCUAAAUAGCGUCAUUAAUUUAUUUACAAACAAGGAAAGCUCAGAAAUUGGCGAUUUUAAAAAUAUAUUAAACAUACUGCUUGCCUACUGUUGCGCUAAAAAUAGUGCCCUCUACCUUUGCAAAAUAGACCAAAUGGAUCUUCAAAUGCUCCAUGAAGAUGACGUGACGAAAUUGGCCAUCAAAGACACAGUUCUCACACGUUACAAUUUUAUUAUAAAUAAGAAAAACCUCAAUGGGGAGGUUAAAAAUAUGAUUUAUUUUCUCUUUGCGCAAUGCAGGCUGAAUGAUUACCGAUAUGUGAACGUGGAAGCCAUAAAAUCGUGGCUGAAUUGCUCCUUUUUGAAUAUACACUUGUUGGGAAUGCUCCUCUGCAGUAUUAUGUCGAAGGAGCUAAACGUGAUAACGCGCUUCACUACACAAAGUGGACGUUUAGAUGAAGGGGAAAAGCUAUCCCCUGUGAAGCCCCCCCAUGAGGACCCCCGCAACGAAAUGAGGAACAGCCGCAUAGCUGUAAAAGGGGACACCACCUUUAGAUACACAAAUUUGUACAAUCAAAUAUUACCACACAUCGAUAAACUCAUUUCGAAAUGCGAAAACGUUUACGACAUCACGAGGAUUUUCAACUCGUCGUUUAUUUUUUUAAGCCAUUUUGAAAAACUAAAGGAGGAAAAAAAAACAUGCACAGAAAUUUCACAAAUGUGGAGAAGUAUUAACAAAAUAAUGAACAGCAUAGAAAAAAACAUUUUGCAAAACCUCCACCUGUACAAUAAAGAGUUUGUAAUUCUCCUCUCCGCCAUGUGUAUAUAUAACAACAACUUUUCGUACCUUCCCUUUUCUUUUUUCUUCCAAUAUUUCGACUUGUUCACUUUUAAAAGCCACAUUUCGUACUUAAUUUUGCAAAGUACGGACGAAGAAAUUAAACACAUAGCGAAUGAGGUGUUCGCCCUCACGAAUUAUGGCGGCAGGGGAGGCCGCCACAAAGGAAACGCCACCGGGAAAGAUGCCACCAACAGAGAUACCGCUGAUCGAGAUGCCACCCCCCAGGAGGGGCAAAAUAACGUGGAAUCCUUUUAUUCCCUUCACAUAUCGUGCAUUAUCGAAAGUGUGGGGAGAUCCACCCGGAAUGGCCCAAAUUGGCACCAAAAUGGGGAGAAGCACCUGCAUGGAGAAGAAAAUCUGAACAAUAACAACCUCAAGGAUGACAUCCACCGCAAAGGUACGCAAGAAGGGACCUCCACCAGUCUGACCCCCUUCCAAGCAAACCACAUAAUAAACAUAUACAAACAGCUGGUGCGUAAGAACGACUUUGCAUGCAGCGACAUUUUCAAAAAGGUUAAAGAAAAAUAUUUGCACUCCGCUGAAAUGAACCUCCUCCUGCUGAGGAGCCUUUCUCUGGACGAGCUAAAUGACCUAUGCCUAAGCAUGCUAAAAAAGAAAGUACCAAAUAUUUUUCUCUUCAAAUGGACGCUAAAAAGGAAUUACGAAUAUAUCCAUUCAGAGGGUACCCCCCCCUUAACAUACGACUACAUCGUCAACUUGCUAAACAUUUGCAUAAACCUAAAAAGGUACAACCUCUUCAUGCAGGACACAGUUGUUAGGAACAUCCUUUUGGACAACUCGCACAAAUUCGACACCCUUCCCAGGGUGAAUAAACUGAUCGAGUCGCUGCUUCAGUUAAAGGUAAGAAGCGCUUAUGAUAGCAUCUCAAAUGAGCUGCUACCCAGUGUGAAGAAGGUCUACCGAAGCUACUUCUCAAAUAGCCAACUUCUGGACCUAAACGAGGUCCUAUACUUUAUGUUCCUCCUGUGCAACUUUAACAAGGGCGCAGAUUUUUACUUCACAUUUGAAACCUUCUUGGGGAAGUUUACCCAAAUAGGGGAGAUAAAGGUAUGUCCCAAAAGGAGGUACCAUUUUGGCACCAGUCUAAAUAACACUCUUUUUAUGGCCAGAAAUGUGUACACCUUAAGUGGCGAUAAAAAUGGAAAGCCAGGCCAUUCUGUAAGUGUAAGUACCCCUUUUGAAGAGACGAACAGUUUGAACGACGAAUAUGUAAUACACCUGGGUGAUAGAAGCGCCAAGGAAGGGGGGCACAAAGCAAAGGAUGAAAAAUUCGCCUACACAGGCGAAGUGAAAAGGGGGCAAACAGUGCAAACGGGGCAGAGAACCCCCCCCGUGAUACGCAUGAAGGACCACUCCUUUGUUACGCUUUUCCUACUUUUGGACCUCCUCAAAAAUGAUAGCCAAAUUGAACACCUCAAAGUUUACCAGUUCUGCCUCACGCUGUUUAAGGAUUAUAUAUACCUGCUAAACAAAGAAGUGGUCAUCCAAUGCUUGUACAUUUACUUUUACUCCCAAAUUAAUGAAGAACUGGCAGAAGAACGUAAAAUGGCUGGAGAAAAUAACUCCCCAAAUGAGGACAUACAACACAUCCUCCACGUUUUAAUAACGUUCAGUCAUAACUUAGAUGUGUAUUCAAUUUUAAAAUUGUCUUUUAUCUAUUUUAACUUAUUUAUUUAUGCACGUAAAAAAUAUCACGUCCAGGAAAACGUGAAGAUCCUUUUUGAACAAAUUAACAAGAAAAAAAGUUUUAUCGAAAAAAAUAAUAUGCUGUAUGAGCAGGUGAAGAGGUAUGAGCACGCCCGCGUGGGGGAGUAG